UAUCUCCACACUCAUCAGACCGCACAGCCAUGGAAUCCGCGGAGAGGAAGGGACUGAAGUGGGGGCACUCGGCGGCCGACCAGGGGAAUAACUCAGUUUGGUCCCAGCUUUCGAAGGGAGUACCCGUGCCGCUCUCCCGUUGGAAUUAUAUUUUAUUUUUUCCUGACCAGAAGUCCUCGGCCCGAAUUUGGAUUACGCACGUGCGGAUACCUGGGAGAUUUUGUGUUUGCUUGUGAAAGAAAGCCUUCCGUCAGUUGAAUAAGUGAGUCGGAAAUUAGUUUCCGAUCUCUGUGUUCCGAAAUCAAUGGUGGUGCUCGACUCAAGAGGAAUGCUCACCAACGGCAGCAACCAGUACUUGCAACCUGACUAUCUGUCGCCUCUUCCAACCACGUUGGACGCGAAGAAAAGUCCUUUGGCCCUGCUAGCGCAGACGUGCAGCCAAAUCGGCGCCGACUCUUCCUCGGGCAACAACAAAUCUUUUGACAAGCCGAAGAAAGACGCGCUCUCGCUGGCGGCCAACGGAGGCUCGGCGGCCGAGCGCGCGCCCAGCGCCAAGUCGGAUCGGGUCGCGAGUCGCGGCUCUCCACUCAGCGCCACCGAAAUCACACGGACCACCCCUAAACUGGCCUUCAAACCCUACGAGAACAUCCCCGUUUCUAAACCGCUACCCGAAAAACCGGCGGAAAUCUCCGAACCGGGGAAAAAGUCUCCGGGGUCAAAAUCAAACCGCAAAUCGCCCUCGGCCAAACCCAGCAAGGACAAGGAAGGGGCCAGUCCCAUCAUCCGUUCGGGGUUGGAACUCCUACAAGGGGUGAAGGAACCCCUGGGGUCGCCGUACAAGUCUCUGCCCGUCAACCCCUACCUGGAGGUCAACCCUGCCUUCCGACCUCCCACCCUGGCUGGGUUUCCACCCGGAUUCGCCUACAUGCAGCCCUUCUACCGCAAGGACGCGCAGGUGUGCAAGGACCCCUACUGCCAGGGGUGCCAACUGUCGGCCCACAACGCGCAGUUGCUGGCCGCGGUGGCCGCCGCGGCCCCCUGCCCGGCCGGCUGCACCCAGUGCGACCACCACAAGUAUGGACUGGCCGCCGCCCUGUCUCUGAUGCAGCCCUCGAUGCCGCAAUCCCUGGCCGCCCUGUACCCACCCCCGCCCCCGGCGGGGUCCACCCCCCGCCCUUACAUCUGCUCCUGGAUUGUGGGUGACAAUUAUUGUGGAAAGCGGUUCAACAGCUCCGACGAACUUCUGCAACACCUGAGAUCGCACACGGCCGCUGCUGCCCCCGCCGACCUGCUCAGCCCCCACUCCCUCAUGCGCUACCCGAACCCGCCCCUGAGCCCCAUGUCGGCGGCCAGGUACCAUCCGUACGCCAAACCGGGCGCCCUGCCACCCUCCCUGGCCGCAGGCCCCUUCAGUGCUUUCAACCCCCCACCCCUGUCGGCCUACUACCCUCCCUUCUCCUUCUACGGACCCAGGGUGGGCUCCUCGGCCGUGCACCCUUAAAGGGCCUGAACGUUAUCACAAAAUUGAAAAUCGCAUUUUAAAAAUUCUGAUGAAAUUAUAAAUUUAUUUGGAAUUUCUUAAAAAAAUUUAGAAGAUUUUAAAUUUCGGUAUAUCAAAAAGAAAGAAAUAAUCAUAAUAUUAAGCAAUAUCAGAAUCAUAAAUGGAAUUUCAAUUUUCUGAAGUUGUCGGACCCUUCGAUUUGGGGAGGACACGCGCGAUCUGCCUCUGUGAUAAGUCAGUUGUUCAAUUACUGUGCCCUUCGAUGUACAUUUACAAUAGUGGCUAUUUUCAGUGCCGAAUUAAUUUUUGUGUCCUUAAUUUAUAUAUAUACAUGCCUGCUGAAAAUAAAUCAGAGAUCGUUUCAUA